AGAGACAGCCAUGGAGAGGUGUAGAACGGACUGUUUUCUUUGUUAUUUUUAAACUCUUGCUAUUCGCAUCUAUGACACGAUUCACAGUGAGCUGUACAAGCAAAAAUUCCCGAUGCACUCGAAAACGGCAAGUAGGUUUUCACAGGAGAAAUUCUUUCACGGUGGCAUAAGUAGAGGGGUGGAUCUGAUAGUUCUGCACUGUGGGCUGUACUGGGACGGGGUGUAUGGACGCUGUGAAGAUGAGCGUGGGCGACAAGGUGGGGGGUUACCUGGUGGAUCUGGGGGGCAGCUUCACUGAGGAUGCCCCCAGACCCCCGGUCCCUGGGGAGGAGGGAGAGCUGGUGUCCAGCGAUGGACGGCCCUACAGCCACGGUUUCUAUUCCUUCAAGAGCGAGAGCCUCAAGAACGAGGCCUCCACGGCCACGCCCAGACGACCUGACCUGGACCUGGGCUAUGAGCCGGAGGGCAGUGCCUCCCCCACGCCGCCCUACCUUAAGUGGGCAGAGUCCCUGCACUCCCUCCUGGACGACCAGGAUGGUAUCCACCUGUUCAGGACGUUCCUCAAGCAGGAGGAAUGUGCCGACAUGUUGGACUUCUGGUUCGCUUGCACUGGCUUCCGUAAGCUCGAGGCCAACGAGGGCCAGGGCGAGGAGAAGAAGCUGAAACUGGCGAAAGCCAUUUAUAAAAAGUACAUCCUGGACAACAAUGGAAUAGUCUCGAGACAGAUCAAACCAGCCACCAAGAGCUUCAUCAAGGACUGUGUGAUGAGGCUGCACAUUGACCCGGCCAUGUUUGACCAGGCUCAGACUGAGAUUCAGACUAUGAUGGAGGAGAACACCUACCCGCUGUUCCUCAAGUCAGAUAUCUAUCUGGAAUACACCAGGACUGGGGGGGAGAGCCCUAAGCUCUACAGCGAUCAGAGCUCUGUCUCUGGGGGUGGGAAGGUUUUACCAGGGUAUUUGCCCACACUGAACGAGGACGAGGAGUGGAGAUGUGACCACGAGUUGGAGGAGCAGCAGGAGAGUGAUCCCACUCCCAGCAACCGGCUCACUCAGAAGCUGCUUCAGGAGACAGCUUCCCAACGCGUCACCAGCACCAAGAGAUUCCAGGACAGUCACGAGUACAGACGUGUGCCGUGGCGGGAGCCUGUCAACCCGUACUAUGUCAACACGGGCUACGCCAUGGCCCCUGCCACCAGCGCCAACGACAGCGAGCAGCAGAGCAUGUCCAGUGCCAGCGACGUCGACACACUCUCCCUGACAGACAGCAGUGUAGAUGGGGUUCCACCAUACAAAUAUCGCAAACAGCAUCGACGAGAGAUGCAUGAAAGUGCCAAAGCAAAUGGGCGUGUGCCACUACCUCAUAUUCCUCGCACAAACCGGAUACCAAAGGACAUUCACGUGGAGCCGGAGAAGUUUGCGGCGGAUCUGAUCAGCCGGCUGGAGGGAGUGCUGAGGGAGAGGGAGGCCCAGGAGAAACUGGAGGAGCGGCUGAAGAGAGUCAGAUUGGAGGAAGAGGGUGAGGAUGCAGACGUCUCCACAUCCACCUCGUUCUCUAGUCACAGACUGCCCCCUGGUGCCCACCCACAGCACUACAACAACCCCCGCUACUCUGACAUCGGCUACAACGGCCUGGCGCUGCGGCCUGACGCUCACGAGGAGAACCCCGAGAGCAUCCUGGAUGACCACGUCCAGCGAGUCAUGAAGACCCCCGGCUGCCAGUCCCCGGGCACCGGCCGCCACUCCCCCAAGUCCCGCUCACCCGACAGCUUCCCUGCAGGUGGCAAGGUGCCCGGACCUGGCAUGCCACUACCCACAGGCCCGGGCAAACAGCCAGCUCGGCUGGGGCCCAAAGGGGAGGCUGCCAGCCACCAAUACCACCACAAACACGUGCACCACAUCCACCACCCGGGCGGAGGGAAGCCCAAAGAGCAGGUGGAGGCUGACGCAGCCAUGAGGGUCAAUGGUAACUUCCACUUGGGGAUGGAGCAGCACAACUAUGGGUCCAAGUCUCGCAACUAUGCUGACAGCAUGGGCCCCAGCCCGAUGGAUCCUAUGGGCUACAGUAGCAAAGGUAGCACGCUAUCGAAGCGGCCAUUUAAGAAGGCUGAGGAGGUGCGGACCUUUGAGGUGCCCGUGCCUCCAGAGGACGUGGAGAGGAACCAGAAGAUCCUCCAGUGGAUGAUGGAGGGAGAGGCAGUCCGCAACAAGAAGAGCCCCUACGGGAGCACCACAGGGUCCAAGAAAACCCCGUCGGGCCACGAGGUGUCGCGUCCCAGCUCUGUGGAGCGUCCUGGGGCAGUGCAUCCUUGGGUCAGCGCCCAGCUGCGGAACAGUGUGCAGCCCUCACACCCCUUCAUCCAGGACCCCACCAUGCCCCCCAACCCGGCCCCCAACCCCCUCACCCAGCUGGAGGAGGCUAGAAGGAGACUGGAGGAGGAGAAGAAGAAGACUGGGACCUUACAGACCAAACAGAGACAUAAAGUGACGAAGAAGCCCGCGUGUGAGAACAUUACGGUGGCCUACUACUUCUGUGGGGAGCCCAUCCCGUACAGGACGUCGGUCAAAGGUCGCAUGGUCAUGCUGGGCCAGUUCAAAGAGCUGCUGACUAAGAAAGGAAGCUACAGGUAUUUUUUCAAGAAGGUAAGCAAUGACUUUGGGGUGGUGUUCGAAGAGGUACGCGAAGAUGAUGCUAUCCUGCCCAUCUUUGAGGAGAAGAUCAUUGGGAAAGUGGAAAAGAUUGAUUGAUUGACAUGGAGGUGGAGAGAAAGGAGACGUUCACAAAGUCGGCCUGCGCUGGAGCUAUCGAUGGAUGAGCUGUUCACUUGAGAGAGACAGAGAGAAAGUGUUUGAUUAGAGGGAGGAUUGGCAGUGGAGAAAAGGUACGGAGUAAGUCGCUACAGGAGGGAAUGGAUGAAAGGAGGAGAAAAUGAGAGGAGUGCAUAGUGGUCACUGUGGGAGACACUCAUGACUCCAAGGCUUUCAUAUCUGCUCAGUGCCACUGCAUUGUGCAGACAGAGUAGGAAAGCAUUGGACUAAAAAAAAGCAGACAUUCUCUCCUUCAGUGUCUUUCUGUAAGUGUAAUGUAAUGUAGCAUUGUACAAUUUGACGAGAAGAAAAAUGCUAUGAAUCUGCUUACUAAAGCAGCAUAUUAUUUUUGAUAUGACGUAUCAGAAGGUAUCCUUUCUAAUGUAACCAAGCGUGUCAUUUUUAUGUGUUGGUACCAGAUGUGUACAGAUUGUCUGUUUAAAACAUAACGAUAAAGUUUUAUAUUAUCUAUUUAAAUAUUUUGAAAAAAGCGGUCGUUUUAAACCUUUUAAAGCAGUGGCGCUGUUCCAAUUCCACGAGAUCCAAGUGUUUUGACAGGGCUGUUUUUCAAGUAUUGUUGGAACUAUUACAGCCCCAUGUUCUACCAAGUGCUUUUUACAGGAACACUCAACCUUGCCAGUCCUCUAAAGUUAAGUGGUAUUGAGUUAUCAUGCUGCACUUAUCACUCACUGUAUUAUGCAUUAGUGUCAAUGGAGCAAAAUGAAAAGGAAUGCCUUCUUGAGGUUGCCCUUAACUGAUUCUGCCUUCAUGUUUUGUGUUUUUCAAUGAGAAAGGGACUCCCCGGCAGUAGCUCAAUCUGUGUACAAUGUACUGUACUCUGAGGUCUCUUAACUUUCCCCAUAGUGUACGUGUGUAUGCACAUCACAUUAAAUUCAUUAUUAUACCCAUACCUGCAGACAUCUGCCAACUUAAAUUGAUCCCCACUAUGUUCAGUAACUUUUAGAUUUUGCUACAGUUAGGUCUUAAUUGUAGCAGAUCAGCGCAGAAAAUAACAUCUUUGAUCAAAGAUAAUCCCAACCAGUUGUGUGCAUGCUACUGACAGUUCAAAUCCAGAUUCUAUUUACAGUCUAGAGCUUUUGUAGGCAUUUAAGACCAGAGUCCAUAGUAGAAGUCUCCUGGAGGUUCAUACACGGGUGUCUGUGUACAUUUACAUUUAAGUCAUUUAGCAGACGCUCUUAUCCAGAGCGACUUACAAGUAAAUACAUUCAUACUUUUUUUUGUACUGGCCCCCCGUG